UAAGUCUAUCAGUUGCUAAUUGCGCUCGAGGCCCAUCCAUGUGCAAGUCAUGUUACAGAAAAAAAAAAGGAUGAUGAUAUCAGCGUGUUAGGAUUUUUAUAACCCAGCGGGCUAGUCUCGCGCCCCGCUUGGCGUAACGAACGCGCCGCUCUUUUUGUUACCCGUAGAGAUCGCGUACCUGCACCUGGCGGUGGCUGGCAGUUGUAAAUAUGGCGGCCACGUUUGAAGGGGUGCUUUUAUCCAGUCUGUCCGAUACCGGUGAAAUAACUCAGAAGUUCCCCAUUCCCUUACUUCUGACAGUGGCCGACGAGUCGGAUAACCUCAUCGUGAAGUUCAAGAAGCGCGAGAGCAAUGGGCCCGAGGCUGUGCACGAGGUGGAGGUUUUCAAGGACACGGACACAGCUCGUGUGGGCAAGCGUGCCUUUGUCAUCACCCACACCAAAGGAACUCUGCUGGUGCUCUUCCCCAACAGCCAAGAGUUGCUUCGGUUUCAUCGGAUAGUGGAUGCCUUCAAGACGGGCCAGAGCAACUCCACCUUCCGGCAGAGGACCGACGAGGCCUCGGCCACCCAGUACUUCCAGUUUUACGGCUACCUGUCACAGCAGCAGAACAUGAUGCAGGAUUACAUUCGUACCUCCACUUACCAAAGGGCCAUCCUCAAUAACAUGGAGGACUUCAAAGACAAGGUGGUGCUUGACGUCGGUGCAGGGUCGGGUAUCCUGUCCUUCUUUGCGGUCCAGGCCGGUGCUCGCAAGGUGUUUGCUGUUGAGGCCAGUUCCAUGGCUAAGCAUGCAGAGUGCCUGGUCUACCAUAACAAGGUAUCUGACAAGGUGGUGGUGAUUCCGGGCAAGAUUGAAGAGAUCACACUGCCUGAACCUGUGGAUGUGAUUGUGUCGGAACCUAUGGGCUAUAUGCUGUUCAAUGAACGAAUGCUAGAGACCUACCUUCAUGCCAAGAAGUGGCUCAAACCCCAAGGCAAAAUGUUCCCAACGCGGGGGGACUUGCACAUUGCUCCCUUCUCGGACACCAGCCUAUACAUGGAGCAGCUCAACAAAGCCAAUUUCUGGUACCAGCAGAGUUUUCAUGGCGUGGACCUUUCCAGCUUGCGGGAGGCAGCUGUCAAGGAGUACUUCAGGCAGCCUGUCGUGGACACGUUUGAUGUGCGCAUCUGCCUGGCCAAAUCCCUUCGGCACACAGUGGACUUUGAACGUGCUACUGAAAGUGAUCUACACUGCAUCGAGAUACCCCUGCAGUUCAGCCUGCUGCAGUCUGGAGAGCUGCAUGGGCUGGCCUUUUGGUUUGAUGUGGCGUUUGCCGGAUCCGUGCAGACAGUGUGGCUUUCAACGGGCCCUACACAGCCUCUGACCCACUGGUACCAGGUGCGCUGCCUGCUGGAGAGCCCGUUGUUUGUGCAACGCGGUCAGCGGCUUGGGGGUCGAGUGGUGCUGCGCUCCAAUCGGCGCCAGAGUUACGAUGUCGACAUUGAACUCGAGCUGGAGGGUGGUGUGCGGGCGUGCAACAGCCUGGACCUGAAGAACCCCUUCUUCCGGUACACUGGGCAGCCCCCACAGCCACCACCUGGCUGCCACGAGACUUCGCCCAGUGAGGCCUACUGGGCCACCUUGGAUGCCAAUGGUUUCUACUCGUACAAGCCUAAUGGUGAACCCGCCGACUAUGGUGCCUAUGCUUUAUGCAGUAGCUGGAGCGGACAGUGCAGCAGCCAGUCAACUUGUCAUGAAUGGCAUGCCACUCAUGAAUGGCACCGGGGUGGUGGACAUGCACGUGCAGCCAGCCGUGGUGGCCCAGCCACAGCAGCCACUGGGAGUGCACCUGUCAAACGUAGUGUCUCUAGGGUCACUGCCAAGCCCCGGUACAGUAAACUCAACCAAGACGGUCAACUCCAGAGCUCAGGCCGUGCCUACAAGCUCAAUUGGUGGAGGCAUCUCACCAGCCUUAUUCAGUCAGCAACAGGUGCUCCUCAGCAGCAGCAGCAGCAGCACAUCCCAGUUCCCUGUAAAUAACAGCCUCAUGAUUGGAGACUAUGUCACACCCGGCAACAUCUUGAUGCCCACCGGCACCUACAAGAAUUGAGCAUCGUACUCUCUGCUGGCAGCCGUAAGGUUGUCAUCCAACAAGGCUCAAAAUUUUGCCUCAUCAGUGUCUUGAGUCUGCUGCCGCCAUGCUCUCCAUUUGGUUGUUCAACCACAACUUCUACGGUCAGGCCCUUACACUCAGCACAACAGAGCACAAGGGCACAUGAAGGUGGCCUUGAAGCUGUGAUAAUUGGACCAAGGGCCAGCCACCUUAGGAGCAGCAGAGGGGCACAUACAUUGCACUCAAGCAGGCGCACUGUUUUCAUGCAUUUGGGUUGGCAGAAGAGUGCACACCCUCUAGCCAUCUGUGAGCAGAACAUUGUGUUGUAGGUCUAUUGGUCACCACAGCUUGAGACUAGGCCCUUGAAAGUGCAAACAUGCAGUGAAUGCAUGCUAAGUCUGCCUGUGAGCACUUGCUUCAGGAUACUUGCCUUAAGGUUGACUGCCACAUGGCUGCCCUCAGUAGAGCCACUAUUUCCACGAGCAGCACAUCUUCCUGUGAUGGUGGGCCAUGCCCUUUUUCGUCAACCCGUUGAGUGUCGUCUGUGGGCCAUCACGUGACUGUUUCAUAGCUCUGGUCUCCAGGGCUGCGCUGCAUGUUCCCUUUGGGCUCUGCCGUUGUGCUGAGUGUUGGGUGUUGUGCUAGAGCAGGUCCAGUCAUCAUGGUGAUGCUCUCCACAUCACUCAGGCGAUUGUUGGUCUGUGUGUGCAUGUACACCGUGUGCGCACAACAAGAGCCAUUUGCUUUGUUACAGAAUCCACCAAAAGUGUGAGUGUGUACUGCAGUGUGGCUUUGUGAGCCAAUCCAGUGUAAUGCUCUUACUGGUGCUGCUUUUUUGCUAUGCACAUAAAAUGGGCAUUCCAGGUGUACACCGGUAGUCAUAUGUUUAAUCUUCAACUAAACUGGUGCUUUUAGGUUUACCAUUCUCCAUAUCUAGUGCACAUAGCCGCCUUGGAAGUGCUGGAUUGGUAGCUAUAGCUAAGCGUAAAUUCAAGCUUGCAUCAUGGAUAUGUCACUUCUUGCACAGCGGACCUUCCUUAGAAGAGUGGAAAAUUGGGCUAGUUGGAAUAUUUGCAUGGUUGAUACAAAGCUGAAAGGCAGAAGACGUAGAACCAGAAAGCACAAGAUGAGCACUGUAAAAUUCAAAGAAUGGAAAACGCAUGCAUUAGUCAUGCGUCGAUAUCGUUAACAGACAAGGAGUUUGCAUAUCUGCUUGGCACAAGUAACAUUGAGUGACAUGUUUGAUUUUCCCACUUCUGCUCUUGUCUGCUGUGCUCGGCUUUGUUUUCUUGGAAUAAAUCUUUCAGUUGCGACAGCACUCGUUCUGUGCUUUCCAGUUCUACGUCUUUGUCUUCCAGGGCUGCAUCAGCCAUGCAGACCUUCCUUACCUGGUCGACUAUGUGCACUGCCAUAAAUACUUGAAUCAGCGUUGGUUAUAGCAAGGUAUUUGCACAAAUAUGGAGUGAUGUGUAGUUGCGCUUUUCACACUUCCUUUCACACUGCUCCACGACAGUGGCACUUUUCCCUCCGAUUAUUUGCAAGAGGCUACCACUCUCACUGGUUCUUCGGCUCCUGUUGUGUGCUCAAGGUGUUCUUCAACACUCCGACACAGUUAAUGUGUGUGCGUGCAUGUUCAUGUGUGAAUGUGCGCCUCACAACUGCGCUGUAGAUUUGGCUAGUGCUGUGCUUCAGCUUCUUGUUUUAAGGAGGCUGUGAGCUGUCAAGUGUAUAUGUGUGUGCAUGUGUUUUCCUGAACUACCUUGUGUAGGUGCCUUUUUUUAUUUGUAUGGUGCCCUUUUUGAGUUGACCCAGGUAUGGUGGAACAGUGCUCAAAUAUUUUCCCCUGUCCUUUGGUGUCUGUGUGUAUGGGUUGUGGUGUGCUUUAGACGUCUUGCUUUAGCCCAUGGCAGCUGGAUGUGCCAGUUGUUGAAUCGAGAUUAAUGGCCUGCUGGUUUAUUGCUCAUACUGCCGUGCGUUGUAGUAUGCCAAACGCACGUGGUAUUUCAGUGGCAGUGCUUCUAGGCACUAGCUUGGCAGCGUGCAUUUCAACUGCUAGGAGCCAGAGUUAAUGCUUGUAGUGACAAGUUCAUUUCCAUCCUCCAAAGUAGCUUUGGCUCACAACAUACUCAGAACCAUGCUUCAGAUGUCCUCCUGAGGAGGUCUGUUGUCAGGAAAGUGAAGACCGCCUUCCGUUACGUGCACAGCAAUCUUGCAGCAUAUUGUGCACCAUGUAGUGUGAAAAUGUUUCAAGAUGCACUUACAUGUAGUGUCUGUUUUAAUUUAUUCUCUAACCUUCUGGAAAUAAUUUCUUCAUCGGAGGUGCCUUUGAGUUAUCUUUAUGCAGACACCUUAUCAGAGAAGGCGGCAUGCAAGGUCAAAUAAUUUGAUGCACGUGUUACCAAGCCUGGCAAACUAAGCAGCAUUUUUUGUGUAGAAAUUGCAGGAAGCCUAUGUGCAUACCAGACACAUUUUCUGUAAACAUUUGUAAAUUAGCAUCCUUAUAUUUCCCUAGGAAUGAAUUGUUGUUGUGUCCUUUUUAAUUUUUCGUUGUAUUGUAGACAAAGGAAGAGUAUCCCUUCCAGCAGUGGGACUGUGUUUUUGGUGGCCUUGCUUGGUCACUGGAAUAAGUAGGAUUGAACCUGUGAUAUGCUUCUGGUCUCUGCCUGAGACUGAAGUAUCUUGUAUAAAAUCUGUGUGUGGCAUUCUCUUGUCGGGUGCCAAGAGCUCGUUGAACCCGAGAAAAAUCUUGCAAUAAAUCUGCUCAUUCGGCUCGUGA